GGUGGAAGAGGAAGCCUGCUGGCUGAGGAGAAAUCCAGCCUUUGAGGAGGUUAAAACGGAUUCUUUCAAAACAAAUCUCUUAUCUUUCUAUCUUUAAAGUUCCCGUGUGUUUUGCUUAAAUUUGGCAAUCCAGAUUCCGAGAUCUGUUCUUCAUAGAACUUUGAGUGGAAACUUGAGUGAUCACUUUUAAAUCGAGAGAAACACGUGUGUGGGUGAGGAACAAACACUUGAGAGUGUGAGUUUUUAAUCCUAACGUUUUGUGUUUAAGAAAAUUUCAGGAACCAUGAGUAGCCAUGAAGAACAAAACCGUCCCGGAAAUUCAGUUGCUGGACUGUCUAAUCUUCAGAUGCGAGCUUUGAAUGAUUCUUUUUCUAACCUUAUAAACACAGGUCUAGAGCAGAUCCAUCAAAGGCUUGACGAACUUCAAGUAAGUCAGUCCCAUCCGAGAUCAAGGACAAGAACCAAUCAGCCGCGAAGGAAUACCCGGUCAGAUGAUGAGUUUCCUGAUGAGGACGCCCAAGAGGACGAGGUUAGAUCCGCUUACCGGCCUAGAAGAGGUCAUAGAACUCGAAACCCAGGUGAUGUCAAUCCAUUUGCUAGAAACAAUCGUACUGAUGAUAGUUUGAACGGAUUGAAAUUGAAAAUUCCACCUUUUGAUGGUAAAAACGAUCCUGAUGCUUUUCUAGAGUGGGAAAGAAAAAUUGAGCAUGUCUUUGAUUGUCAAAACUAUUCUGAACUUAGAAAAGUAAGGCUUGCGGCCACUGAAUUCUCUGGCUAUGCUAUUAACUGGUAUGAUCAAGUGUUGACCCACAGGAGGAGAACAGGUGAGCGACCGAUUGAGACAUGGGAUGAGCUUACCUUGUUGAUGAGGAAACGAUUCGUGCCAACCCAUUAUCACCGUGACCUUCACCAAAAGCUAAGACGUUUGCUUCAAGGAACCAAAUCUGUGGAAGACUAUUAUCAAGAGAUGGAAGUUUUGAUGACCAAAACGGACACAGAUGAACCUUUGGACGCCACUAUGGCUCGCUUUCUUUCAGGCCUCAACCGUGACAUCCAAGAUCGUAUGGAGCUUCAAGAGUAUGGAAGUGUGGAACAGAUGCUACACAAAGCCAUCUUGAUCGAGCAACAACUCAAGAGAAGGAGUUUCUCAAAACCGGCCACUACUUCUAAGCCGGCCUACUCUCCUAAACCGGCCUAUGCUCCUAAGCCAAGCUAUCAAGACAAAGGUAAGUCUCCUAUCACAACACAUACUGCCUUUAAAACUAAUGUUUCCACUCGUGAUGACAAAGGAAAGGCAGUAGACGACUCAAGCCGAGCAAGAGACAUUAGAUGUUUCAAAUGUCAAGGGCUAGGACAUUAUGCCAAGAACUGUCCAAACCAGCGUGUGAUGAUUCUCUUGGAAAAUGGUGAAGUUGAGUCCGAGGAUGAACAAGAAAACAAGGAGGAUCUUGGUCCUAUCUUUGAUGAGAAAGAGGAGUCCUUUGACUACCCACAUCACGGACCAUUACUUGUGGCUAGGCAGGCAUGGAACGAUCCCAUCUUCGAUAAAACGGACGGCCCCGCGAACGGCCACACGGACAACGACCAUGACCCGUCCUUUGAUUCAGAUUCUGAGCCGAUCUUUGAUGAUGAAGAUAGUUUUGACUAUCCAGCUCAUGGACCACUACUGGUCACUAGACGUUCCUUGAGUGUUCAGCCCAAAACCGAUGAAAAGGAACAAAGGGAGAAUCUCUUUCAUUCUCGUUGUUUAAUCUCUGAAAAAGUUUGUUCCUUGAUCAUUGAUGGUGGGAGUUGUACUAACGUUGCUAGUGAUACUCUUGUCAGGAAAUUAGGUCUAGCUACUCGACCUCUUUCUCGUCCUUUCAGGUUGGAAUGGCUCAAUGAAACUGGUGAACAGUAUGUUAAGGAGCAAGUCACGAUCCCUCUCACCAUUGGUCGUUAUGAGGACGAGAUUGUGUGCAACGUCCUUCCCAUGGAUGCUUGUCACGUUCUGUUGGGACGUCCAUGGCAGUUUGAUAAAAGAACCGUCCAUGAUGGUUACACAAACCGGCACUCCUUUGACCAUAAAGGAAAGAAGAUCACGCUUGUACCACUCUCGCCCUUGGAGGUCCAUCAAGACCAGCUCCAACUUAAAAAGAACCGUGAACAAGAGGCCAAACCAGACAAACCUGAGUCCUCAAUCCGGAACUCCAACUUCUUUGUCAAACAAAGUCAGGUUAAGAAGUCUCUUCAUUCUCAAAAGCCCUUUCUUUUACUUGUGUACAAAGAAUCUCUGAUGGCUUCUACUUCUUCUAACCUUGCACCGGAAGUUCCGAGUGAUUUGCUAGAUGUCUUGCAGGAUUAUUCGGAUGUCUUUCCAGAUGAAAACCCAAAGGGUUUGCCACCAGUACGAGGGAUUGAACAUCAGAUUGACUUUGUUCCGGGUGCGUCUCUACCUAACCGGCCAGCUUACAGAACCAAUCCGGUGGAGACCAAGGAACUUGAGAAACAAAUUGGAGACCUUAUGGAGAAAUGUUACAUCAGGGAAAGCCUCAGUCCUUGUGCCGUUCCAGUUCUACUUGUCCCCAAAAAGGAUGGAUCAUGGCGCAUGUGUGUGGACUGCCGUGCCAUCAACAACAUUACGGUAAAGUAUAGGCAUCCCAUUCCUAGACUAGACGACAUGCUUGAUGAACUUUACGGUUCAUGUGUCUUUUCUAAGAUAGAUUUGAAAAGUGGCUAUCACCAAAUCCGAAUGAAAGAAGGUGAUGAAUGGAAAACUGCAUUUAAAACCAAGCUAGGAUUGUAUGAAUGGUUAGUUAUGCCAUUUGGUCUUACUAAUGCACCUAGCACUUUCAUGCGAUUGAUGAACCAUAUCUUGAGAGCAUUCAUUGGUCAUUUCGUGGUAGUUUACUUUGAUGAUAUUCUUAUCUACAGCAAGAACAUGGAUGAACAAAAGAAACAUUUGAAAUCUGUCCUUGAAGUUCUUAGAAAGGAACAUUUGUUUGCUAACCUUGGAAAGUGUUCUUUUGGCACAGAUCAUGUGGUCUUCUUAGGUUUUGUUGUAGGUGCUGAAGGACUUAGAGUGGACGAGGAGAAAAUCAAAGCCAUCCGAGACUGGCCAAGUCCAACUAACGUGAGUGAAGUAAGGAGCUUCCACGGCCUUGCCGGGUUCUAUCGACGGUUCGUCCAAGAUUUCAGUACCAUAGCGGCCCCAUUGACCGAAGUCAUUAAAAAGAAUGUUGGGUUCAAAUGGGAACAAGCUCAGGAAGAAGCCUUCCAAAUCCUUAAAGGGAAGUUGACUAAUGCCCCUUUACUUGUUCUUCCUGACUUUUCUAAAACGUUUGAGAUCGAAUGUGAUGCUUCGGGUGUUGGUAUUGGUGCAGUUUUGAUGCAGGAUAGAAAGCCUAUUGCUUACUUCAGUGAGAAGCUUGGAGGCGCCACACUCAACUACCCAACUUAUGAUCAGGAGUUGUAUGCUUUGGUAAGAGCUCUUCAAACGUGGCAACACUAUCUUUGGCCUAAGGAGUUUGUUAUCCACACGGAUCAUCAGUCCCUGAAACACCUUAAGGGGCAACAGAAGCUGAACAAGAGGCAUGCCCGCUGGGUUGAGUUCAUUGAGACAUUUCCUUAUGUCAUCAAAUACAAGCAAGGUAAGGAAAACGUUGUGGCUGAUGCCUUGUCCCGAAGGUAUACUCUUCUUUCAGCCCUCGAAACGAAACUUCUCGGUUUUGAAUUUAUCAAAGACUUGUAUGCUUCUGAUCCGGAUUUUAAAGAAAUUUUCAACAAGUGUUCCAGAGUGGCUUAUGGCAAGUAUUAUCGGAACUCGGGUUUUCUUUUCUAUGAUAACCGUUUGUGUGUGCCCCAAUGUUCUUUGAGGGAGUUGUUUCUCAGGGAAUCUCAUGGAGGAGGUCUUAUGGGACACUUUGGAAUUAAGAAGACAUACAAGGCCGUGUAUGAUCAUUUCUACUGGCCUAGCUUGAUGAAGGACGUAGAGAGAAUUUGUGGCCGAUGUGUGGUGUGCAAGAAGUCCAAAGCCAAGGCAUCCAAUCACGGUUUGUACUCAGCCUUACCCAUUCCUUCUCAUCCUUGGAUUGAUAUUUCUAUGGAUUUUGUUCUUGGAUUGCCUAGAACUAAGAAUGGCCGAGACUCUAUCUUUGUGGUUGUCGAUAGAUUUUCGAAAAUGGCUCACUUUAUUCCUUGCCAUAAAACUGAUGAUGCUGUACAAGUUGCUGAUCUAUUCUUUAAGGAAAUUGUGAGAUUGCAUGGAAUGCCUAAGACCAUUGUUUCUGAUCGUGAUGCUAAGUUUCUUAGUUAUUUUUGGAAAACUUUGUGGUCUAAGUUAGGAACGAGAUUGAUGUUUUCCACAACUUGUCAUCCGCAAACUGAUGGUCAAACCGAAGUUGUUAAUCGAACUUUGUCUGCUUUGCUUAGAUCUCUGGUCAAGAAAAAUCUUAAGUCUUGGGAAGAUUGUUUGCCACAUGUUGAGUUUGCUUAUAAUCAUGCUAUGCAUUCAGCUACAAAGUUCUCUCCUUUUGAAGUUGUUUAUGGUUUUAAUCCCUUAUCUCCACUUGAUCUUUUACCUUUACCUUUGAGUGAAAGAGUUAGUACAGAUGGUAAAAGAAGGGCGGACACCAUCAAAAAGCUUCAUGAACAAGUUCGAGUCAACAUUGAAACCAAAACCGAGGGUUACAAAAGAUAUGCCAACAAGAAGCGAAAGGAGUUGGUUUUUCAAGAAGGUGACUUGGUUUGGGUUCAUUUGAGGAAGGAACGAUUCCCGGAAGAAAGGAAGUCCAAACUUAUGCCUCGAGUCGACGGUCCAUUCCGGAUUCUUAGAAGGAUCAAUGAUAAUGCUUACCAGCUAGAUUUGGAAGGUAAGUAUGAAAUCUCUUCAAGUUUUAAUAUUUCUGAUCUAUUUCCUUUUCUUGCAGAUAAUCCAGAUUUGUGGACAAAUCCUUUUGAAGAGGGAGGGAAUGAUGUGCCUCAGUCCGAGGAACUCGACCAUCAGGAAGGUCAGGACAUUCCAACCGAGGUUCAUCACCCCAACCGAGGUCGAGCUGUGUACCGGAUCGAUCCAUGGACGGACGGGAAGGAGCUUAGACUAGAUCCUCGACCUAUCAGCCGAACUGACCGUACGGGAUGGUCUCUCUCUCGGACAACUCGCCAAUCUCAGACUGACGGUCAAACCAGAAGCAACUUAGGCCGAGCCGAACUAGGAACUGGACGCGACUUCUCUCUUCUCGCACGUUUGGAACGUACCGACCGUAUUGACGAACUGAUCGACCCAUUUGAUCAGUUCAUGCACUUUGAUCAUCCGAAUCUCUCUAAGGCACAGAUUCUUCAUCUUUCAGAAGACUUGGGACGAUUAUGGUCGAAGAUGGUUCAGGAGACGGAUAAGACGGAACAGACGGACCGGCCCGCGACCGUCCUGCUCCUGGCCGCGGUUCAACCAGCCGAAGGGGCACUUUGACCAGUCCGCAAAUUGAAGUGUCUUUCUUCUUUGUCUUUCAAAAUUCUAGUCAAAAGUCUUUAAUUUUAUUUGUCUUUCAAACUUCUAGUCAAGUAGCCCCUUUGUCUCCUACUUGUACUAUAAAUAAGUAUUUCAUUUCAUUAAUAAAAGCAGAUCAUUUUGGAUUAAGUUUCUGAGUUUAAACUCUCUGUUCUCUUUAGAACUUGUUUUCGAUUGUCUUGGUGAGUCAUAUCCGAGCAAUUCACUUCUCAACUAGUUGGUCUUGUGAGUCAUAUCAAGCAACCAGUUCGAGAUCUUCCUUGGCGGACUUGUGAGUCAUAUCAAGCGCCAUUGAAGUCGGGAAUAUCAAGGGAACAUCCGCAACCCUUGUGCGACCCAACGUUUCAUCAGUUCUCCUUUCCGGAGUUCAUAUCCAAACGAAUCCAGUCGAGGGCAAUCC